AUGUCGGAUAAGCAAGCCUCUGCCGGCGCCGAGGGCGGUGCCAGUGCCCCCGAGAGAAAGAAGCCCCAGAAGCUGGGCCAAAAGAAGCCUCAACAACAGCCCACUCCCGAUCAGUCGGAAGGAGACGGUGGUGCUGAGGCCGAGGCUGGAGGAAACGCAGAAGCGGAAGCCGAUGCCAGCGCCAACGCCGAUGGUGAAGAAGAGGCCGAACCGGAACCUCAACAACAAAAGUCACGUCAAGCAUCUCAAUCUCGCCGACGCCAGAGCCGUGGUCGCGGCCGUCGCGGACAGGACAGUGACACAGAAUCAGUCGCUAGAAGCGAUGCCUCUGCAAACGGUGGACGCCGUCAACGCCAACGCCAGAAGAAGCAAGGAGGCGGUGGUGGUGGUGGUGGCCCUCUGGACGACAUCACUGAGAACGUUCCUGGCGGUGAUGCAGUUGGCGGAGCUGGCGAGAUGGUCCAGAACACCGCAGGACAGGCCGUCGACCAAGUCGGAAACACAGCUGGUNNAAAAGCACUUGGUGGUCUGACUGGAGGUGGCGGUCAACAGCAAGGUGGUGGUGAAGAGGAGGAAGAUGGCGGCAAGGGUGAGCAGCUCCGUUUGAGAUUGGAGCUCAACCUGGACAUCGAAAUUCAACUCAAGGCCAAGAUUCACGGUGACUUGACCCUUGGAUUGCUGUACGUUCACCGGAAACUUUUCUCACUUGACAAAACUGACAUAUUACUANNGGAACUAGAAUCAUUGCUGCUGCACAUACGCUCAGUUUGCGUACGACCAAUGUUGACGACACUUAUAAUGGGAUAUCAUGGAGUUUUGGCACUUGUUGGAUUACCAUAUGUUCAUUGUUAUCCUUUCCUUUCCUACCAUCAUGUAAAGUACGUUUAG